AUGGACGAAAGCAUGGCAUCGUCGGGCGAGGCGUCAUCGCCUGUGGCCAUUGUCUGCGUCGGCAUGGCAGGCUCGGGCAAGACGACGUUUAUGCAACGCAUCAACGCCCACCUCCACGGCAAGAAGCAGCCGCCCUACGUCAUCAACCUCGAUCCCGCAGUGCUCAACGUCCCCUUCGACCCCAACAUCGACAUCCGCGACUCGGUCAACUACGAGGAAGUCAUGAGGCAGUACAACCUCGGCCCCAACGGCGGCAUCCUCACGUCCCUCAACCUGUUCGCCACCAAGGUCGACCAGAUCGUCCACCUGCUCGAGAAGCGCGCCAAGCCCGACCCCGAGCAGCCCGACCGCCGGCCCAUCGACCGCAUCAUCGUCGACACGCCCGGCCAGAUCGAGGCGUUUGUGUGGUCGGCCUCGGGCACCAUCCUCCUCGAGUCGCUGGCGUCGUCGUUCCCCACGGUGAUUGCCUACGUCGUCGACACGCCGCGGACGGCGUCGACGUCGACCUUCAUGUCCAACAUGCUCUACGCGUGCUCCAUCCUGUACAAGACGAAGCUGCCCAUGAUCCUGGUCUUCAACAAGACGGACGUCAAGGACGCGUCGUUUGCCAAGGAGUGGAUGACGGACUUUGAGGCCUUCCAGGACGCUCUCCGCCGGGACGAGGACUCGGACGCGCUCGGGGGCGUCGAGGGCGGCGGCCACGGCGGCAGCGGGUACAUGGGCAGCUUGCUUAACAGCAUGAGCCUGAUGCUCGAGGAGUUUUACUCGCACCUGAGCAUGGUGGGCGUGAGCUCGAGGCUGGGGACCGGCGUCGACGACUUCUUCGACGCCGUGGAGGAGAAGAAGCGCGAGUUUGUGAGGGACUACCUGCCCGAGCUGGAGAGGAGGCGCCGGGACCGCCAAGACCAGAGGAAAAAGUCUCGCGAGAAGGAGCUCGACAAGAUGAUGGAGGGGAUGAGCGUGGGCCAGAAGCAGCAGGGUCGGGCGGGCGGUGCAGGGGAUUCCGACGUUGACGUGGCGAGCGACGGCGACGACCACGACCACGACGAGGAUUCGGAAGAAGAGGCUACCAAGCAGGGACUGCAGGAGAGAUACCAGGCUGCCAUGGGGGAGAAUGAGGACUCUGUUCUGGCGGACGCCAGUUUUGCAAAGUACCUGCACAAGCAGAGAUAG